UCCCACGAAGACUUUAUGGCACAAAUGAAAGCUACUUAUGAUAAAGUAUUUACCAUUUAUGCCCUGAUGUUGAUAAUAAAAGGAGUGCUAAAUCACACUGAGUUGUACCCAGAAAUCAUGGCCAGAGCAGAAGAAGCAGAAGUGUUGCUGUCCAAGCGAGUACAGGAAAUGGUCUUAGAUGGAGAGGAGCCACCAGCACUUUACAUAUGCAGAGACGGCGAAGAUACUGAUGAUCAUACUGGUAAUUCCACGGUAUCUCCAAUUCCUGUUAUUGAUUUAAGCCUUGUAUUGCCUUCUGCAGCACCAACAGAUAUAAGCAUCCAGGAAUUGCAAAAACUCCGCUCAGCUCUGUCGUCUUGGGGUUGCUUUCAGGCAGUAGGUCAUGGGAUUUCAAGCUCGGUUCUUGAUGAGAUAAAAAAGGUCGCAAAGGAAUUCUUUGAACAACCAUUGGCAGAAAAGAAAAAGGUAGCCAAAACUGUUAAAGAGUUUGAAGGAUACGGGGCUGAUCCUGUCCCUGAAGCAGGUCAGCCUCUUGAUUGGUCCGACCGUCUUGUUCUUGAACUAUACCCUCAAGAUAAAAGGAAUUAUAACUUGUGGCCUGAAAAGCCGGAAUCAUUAAGAGAUACUCUAGAAGAAUAUGCCAAAGAAAUAAAAAUGUUGACAGAAGUUAUGUCCAAAGUAUUUGCAAAGUCGCUAAAUGUGGAUCAGAACUGUUUUCAUGAGCUAGGUGAUCAGGCAACACUAACUGCGAGGUUCAAUUACUAUUCUUGUUGUCAGAGGCCUGAUCUUGUUCUCGGCCUAAAACCACACACAGAUGUCACAGCUUUCAGCAUGAUUCUGCAAGAUGAACCAGGUCUUCAAAUCCGUAAAGAUGGCAAAUGGUUCACAGUUCCAAAAUUACCCGAUGCCCUUAUAUUUAUCUUAGGGGAUUACAUGGAGAUAAUGACAAAUGGAAUAUUCAAGAGCGCGAUGCACAGAGUACUGAGUAACUCACAGACUGAGAGGUUUUCUGUUGCCAUGUUCUACAAUCCGCCUGAAGAGUUGGAAAUUGGACCGCGAGAUGAUUUUGUUACUGAGGAGAACCCGAGGCUAUUCAAGAAUGUCAAAGACUAUGUUACAACAUACUGGCAAUUUUACGAGAGGGGACAGAGAGCAAUUCACACAGCACAAGUCUGAUAAUCCCAGAGGAUCCUCUUUCAUCUAGUCUUAUAUUGCAAUUUGCUUUGCUUUACCAUGUUUUUCUUAUGUAAUGUGGAACUUGCUGUUCCACAACUAUAAUAAUGCAUGCCUGAUGCCUCAUAUAAUUGUACUUGCAGGCAACAAAAAAGGUACCUAUCAUGUUGUCGGUUAUUGGAAAUACAUGACAUUCAAAUAUUAGUAUAAAAUUGAAAAUUUAAAAUGA